GCCAAUUAAAGACACUCAAUAAUGUUUGUUACCUAAGUAGUAAUGCAUUGUAAAUAUUAGUAAAUUAAUAUUAAUGUUUAAUUGGGUUUUAUUUACCUUCUUUACCAUAACUGAACUUAUCGGGCUCAAUAGGAAAUUUAAAAUCAUGGAUGAAUUCAGUGUUAUUUUAAUGAAACUUGAUGUACCCACAAAUACAUUGUCAUCAGACAUUAUACAGGAAAUUUUAACAUUGGCCAGAAAAUACUCAACCCACCCAAACUCACAUGAACAUGUGUGGGACAAAAUAACAAAAUUGUUGUGGACACAUUUACAUGUUGGUUUAGUAAAAUUUGAUGACCAAUUACUUUGUGCCACAUGCUUCUAUGCUGUUCUUGCCUUAAUGGAAAGACAAGAUUACUUACAAGAAAUAAAUUCUCUGAUAAUUAACAGAUUACAUUUGAGAGAAAGAAAUUGCAAAAAUAAUUUAAGAUCAUCUCUUGUAGUAUCUCUAAUGUAUGGAAUGUUCCAAUCUUCUUUUGUAACCUACAAAAGAACAGGUAGCAUUGAAAUCAUAGAGAAUGUCUUUCAAACUACUUUUGAUCUAUUAAUGUCUAUGGCAUAUGAAUACUCAAAAUACACAUUUUUAGUUUUCAAAACAAUUAACUCAUUCAAGAAAGUUUUAGGUACAGAUAUGGAAAAGUAUAUGUAUAAUGAAAGCAAUCUAAUAAGGUUGCUGAACUUGGUCAACCAUAACUGGGAGAAUCCUAUAACUGGUGUGAGAGAUUUAAACAAAGGAAUAUUCCAAACUUUAAUUCGAAUUCUUAAUGAUGACCUAUACCACUUAAUAGCUCAGGAGAUUGGUAACUUUUAUUGGAGUAAAGCUAAAUAUUUGAUGCUUUCAGAAAUAAUAGUGAAAUAUAAAGGAGAUAUUACAGCUGCUUUUGUUGUUAACAAUUGGAGAAAUGGACUCAUUAACAGCCUACACAAACCUGGCUUAGUAUCGGCCGGUGCUGAUAUGUACUUUGCCAUAUUAAAUCAAUUAAUAGCAGAAGACCAAUGGUGUAAAAUAUUCCUGUGUGAUAUACUAGAGAUAUUGACUGGCUCAAUACCUAAAGCAAUUGAAAACUUUAGUAAUUACUGGUGUAUAGCAACAUUAAAGAAAUUUCCAUCAUUAUUAAAAGUUAUACUUGAUGGAUUGGAUCAGUACCAAGAUUUAGAAAAAAAGUUGUAUGGUAGUUUACAUUUACUGAAGCAAGCUAAUAAGUUAAGCCUUGUAACUAAAAAUUGGAACACAGUUGAAUUCAAAACUACAGAAUUUAUGGUGUUGCAUGGUAUUGAACACUGUAAUCCUUAUGUUAGAAUGCUGGCAUUUGAAAUUGUUUGUAUAUCUCACAGCAAAUUAUUACCAAAACAAUUUGAAUAUGAUUUAAUUUUAAAAUAUAUACAUAAUAAUAUAAACUCUGAUAGUACUGUAUUAAGAUUGAGUAUGCUGAGCAGUUUGAAAUCAUUCUUGACUUGGUUACAUACCAUAUUUAUAAAUAUUCAUAAAAGUGAACAAAACAGUAAUAUGAAAUAUUUGUUGAAUUUCUUCACAAAUAUCCAACAGUUUAUCAUUAAUUCACUGAAUUUUAAUGGUAACUAUCAAAGGAAAAUUUCAAGUAUCAAAAUAUGUCAAAUAGUACUGAGUUGUUUGAGUGAGCUACCAAAGAAGAAACAGCAGCAGGUUAAACCAUCUUAUAGGACAAUGUUACAGCUAUUGAAGGAUGAAGGAAAAUGGAUGCUGCACGGACAGGAUUUUAUUUUGAAAUUGUUAACUCUCUUGAGAGAUCCAGCUGAUGAUGUUAGAGAAAAUGUGUUGCAACUAUUAUUGUAUCAUUACAAUGAAGAAAUCAAAGGACCUCGGUUAUGGAGCAGUUUGGUAGAUGAUGCACAAACAGCUAUGAGAAGCAAAUUUUUCUAUCAAAUCAGUUGUAGCCAAAGUAUGUUUAAACUCAUUGCUAAUAUACUUCUAAAAGAAAGAGAGAAUGAGAAAACUAUUGGUACAAACUUUAAGACUGUUGAAGAUAUUUUCUUUUUUGCAUACAAUGACCUUAUAACUGAAUAUAGCUUAAAAACAAGCAUUGUUAAGUCAAUAGAGAACGGCAAACAGUUGCAUUCUCUUAUAAGUAUUCUGUAUGUGGUCUUAGAUGUAUGUGUUAGUAAAACACAUCCAAUUGCUGUGCCAUACAACAAUAUACUACAACUUUUAGAAACUUUAGAAGGAAUUUCCAAUCAUUUUGCUUGGGAACAGCAAGCAUUGACAAGUUCAGAUUUCUCGAAGAUGAAUGAUAUGGUGCAAAACAUGAUCACUUCAUCUGGUUACGAUCCUCUUGAUGCUGUUGAUCACACUAAAAUCUCUGGGUUACAUCAAAUUGUGCUCAACUGCCUUUGGCUAAAUGUGAAGGCAUGUUGCGAUUUAGCGUCACUGUUGAUACGUUUCAAUGAGAAAGAUAUUGGGAUAUGCGAGAAAUGUCUAAAGAUAAUAAUACAUGUUUUAGAGACAUCCCGUCACAAGGGUGCCAUCGAAGCGGCCGGCGCUGCACUAGGUCGAGCAAUCCAAUACUUGACAUCUUUACCUGAAGAAGCAGAGGUUGCACGGCUACCACACUCUUUGUUGAGAUGCAAACUGGCGGAGUUAAUAUCAGAGGCGGGCGCCAAGUCCUCUGUGACCAGACGAGGCGCAGGCCUCUCCAUAAUGGUUCACAGAAUCGUUUCCAGCGACAUGAAAAAGGGCAAGCCAUUAUUCCAUUAUUUUAUGGAAACGCUUCUAGAAAUAUGCAACAAUCUUGAGGAUGUACCAACUACAGAGAACGAAGAGACAGAUAUAGACAAUCAAAGGGACCUGCCUAAAGCUAUCUAUGUACACUUUUUGACAAGAGUAGUCACUGAUAGCAGCUUGGCCUCAGAUAUGAUGCAUUAUUCCGCGAAAUUGGCGGAACUGGCGUUCAGUAAUUUGACCAGUGCUUAUUGGCAGAUAAGAAACGCAGCCCUUCAGUUGUACGGUGCGUUAAUACCCAAAUUGAUAGGACAGAAGAAAGCAUCAGGAUCGGAAGACGAGACGGUUUCCACGGUGGCCUGCGAUGAAUUUCGCACACAUUCUCCCAACUUGUGGACACAUAUCGAACAGAGCUUACAACACUGCAACAAGCCCGACCUGGUACUUGCGCAUUCUAAUCUCGUCCCCAUAUUAAAUGUACUAGCCAAUAUUGCGAGGAGAUAUAACUUUGCUUAUGAUUCAGAGUCGAGGAAGGAAGCCGACGAGAGUUUACUUACGAAUCUCGUGUCCUUAUUAGGGAGUCCCCUGUAUAUUGUUCGCCGUUUGAGCGCUAAAUGCAUUUAUAAUAUUUACCCAUUUGAAAAUGUAUAUACAGUUGUUAUUAAUCAAGAAUACACAUCAGAAAAUGUUCUACAUGGAAAUCUAAUCUUGUUGACGUAUUAUAAAACGGAUUGUUCAAAACAGACGUAUUUCGUGAAUUUAAAAAGAAAAUUUAGUAUUAUAAUGGAUGAUAGGCAUUCAUAUUUGUGUCGACAGCUGUUUGAAGAUUUGUUUACUAGUGACAAUUUACAACUGAAAGAUAUAAGGGAGACGUUAUUAGAAGUGGCGAAUAAUUCGCAUAAACCGGGAGCGUCGUCGUGGGCCAAUAGGCGCGUUGAGAAAUACAUAGAAACAAUGGAUUGGAAUGGAGUAACUGAAACUUUAGAAAUUAUUCAAGAACAAGCGGAUUGUGAAUAUUACUGUAAAAUUAUAUUACAUAAAAUAAAAAAUAAUUACGACAUUUCAAAAGAUAAAGGCAUUCUUCUGACAAUAGCUCAUAUGUUGUUAGUAUUCAGGAAAAAAUUUACUAUAAGUACUAUUUGGAAGAUACUUUAUGAAAUAUCUUUGAAAAUUGAGUUUACUGCAUUUAAUGAAAUAAAAGAAAUUAUAGAACAUAUACGAAUUAAUGGGGUGCCUUAUAAAUUGAGGUACAUGUUGCCUUUUGUUGCAAGAAUGUCUAGAACUAUAGAAGCACAUAGUUUGUUGUAUUUAUCGAAGAUUAUUUACUCUUUGAGUGACCCCGAAACUACAGAUGUGGAUAUGAGAUACAUUGCAACGUUGGCUAACAAUGAACUGGCUAAUUCGUUUAAUACACUGUCAGAUAUAGUUAAAAUUAAUAGUAUAAAAUCUGCUGUAACACUUUUGCAAGAUGAGGACGAGGAUAUUCGAUGUUUAUGUGCAUCGUUUUAUAGAAAUAUAAAAAAAGAGAAAGUUAUAUUACAGCCCUAUAUAGUACUGCAGAAAAUUGUAACACGCGAGUUUUUGCAGUCAAUCUUUGUUACUCCAGAAAAUAGUAUACAAACUCUAGUUCAGGAUUUAUUAGUUACAUCAUUGGAUUCAAAGUGUAAAGGAUGUGACGAAUACAAUCCAUUUACUAAUGAUUCGAAAAAUAUCUACAUGGAAGUGGAUGUGUUGCUGGAGUUAAUUGAAAAAUUGAAGAAGGAUGCAUUAUAAUUUAUUAAGCACUCUCCUGAGAGUUUUAUUUCAAUAGUACUUGUAAAUGAACAUGAUUUAGACGUUUUAGUUAUAUGUUAAUUUUGCAAAUUAUGUCAGAGAAGGGAUUUGGGUAAUCAAGAUCACUAUAAUAAACAUCAGCAUGGCGAAUAAUAAAUUAAUUAUCAAUAAAAAUCGAUCAAUACCAU